AGAGAGGAGUGGGCGUGGCCUGGAUAGAGGGAACGCUACCAGAGAGGAGUGGGCGGUGCCGGAGGACAGGGAACACGUGACUCCCGAAGAGAGGCGCCUGUAAACAAGCGAUGGAAAACAUGGAAGAGAAAAGCUUCACACUGGAAGACAAAGAAAAGCUUAAAGAAAGGCUUGCCUUGCUGAAAAAAGAAUACAAAAGAACAGUUAAUCGUUUACAGAAAUCUGAGAGAGCCGAAAGGGUGAAGACUUAUGUCAAGAGAACCAUUGAAGAACAGAACCUACUUCUGAGUCAGGAAUAUGCCGGGCAGGAUAGUGUGCUGCUGUCAGCAGGCCCAGAAAACUGUACCAGCAAUGCUUCAGGAGACUUCGGGGAAUCGCACAAAAUUGUUCAAACCCCCUCAGCAGACAAGGAAAGAAAGCCAUGUGUCUCCUUUAAUUUGGAGCCUGAAAUUGUCAACAUUGACAGCAGGACCCUUUCUUGCUCCGGCGGUGAGAGCAGUGGGCAAGAAGCUGAAGGAAACAGAGCUCAUCAAUCUAGCCAAAUUUCCAGAAGCCGGCUGAGGUUAAGCCGAACAGCAAGAAGAGUUUGUUUUUCUGAAUCGCCAUCCCCGAGUUUAUGUCGUAUGAGCAGUAUUGUGAAUGUCCUAGAUGGAAAAGAAAGAACUGUAGAUCAAACCCUGUCGCCAGUGUUUAAGAAACAUCCUAAAAAUGGUGUUCCUUUGACACCAGACAGUCCCACUGCUAGCUAUUGUUCAGAAGAUUCAAAGCCCAAAGACAUUUCACAUGAGAUUGCUGGGCCUAGUACCGAGUUGUUCAGGAUGGGUACAGCAGAUAACUCGCCGGGUGAAGCUAGAAGUAAUUAUGAAUCUCUGCAUUCAGUUGAUGAAAUCACUACACCUAAUGUACAACUUUUUGUGGAAAGCUUAUUCAUUAAGUCAGAAACCAAAGAGGAGCAACCACUACCCACAUCACAAGCUUUAGAUGUAGAAGUGACAUGCCGUUCCUCUUGUGGCCCUUUGGACACACCACCACAAGCACUUGAAUUUGAAAAUCACACAGAUCUGAAGAAAACUUCUCCGGUCAGUUCUCCCAUCUCUUCUCAAUCCCAGCCUCCACCAAACCUUAAGGUCCACACUGAAAGUACCGUGGUCAAGGAGGACCAUAACCCGCUCAGUUCCUGCACCCUGGUGGAGGGGCUGUUAUUCCCAGUGGAAUAUUAUGUCAGGACAACACGCCGCAUGACCAGCUGCCAGAGGAAAGUUGAUCUUGAAGCAGUAAUAAGCAGUCAUCUUCUCACAGGAAGUAAAGGAUCAAGAGGAAGGUCACGGCGAAACAGCACAUCUUUAUCCACACCAGUUAACACCAGUGAUAAACUUUCUAAUUCCCUGACUCCUUCAAGCCGUCCUUCUGUAAGUAACAGUGCUGGAGAGGUUACACGAUCCAGGCGUGGAAGGGGUCGAAAGUCCUGUCCUGCUGCACUCUCCUCAGGUCUAAAAGAUGUAUCUGUACAACUUAGGUUUGGUGCUGAGAACAGCCAAACACCGAGUGGCUCACAGAGCGAGAAAGAAAACUGUGAGGAGGUCAUGGCAAGCAAGGAGUCACAUGGUGCUGUGAAGUGUCUUACCAAUAAUAUAAAGGAUGGUUCCCAGAUAAAAGAUGUGGACAGAUUUAUGACAUUGCUGUCUGAUAAGAAGGCAUACAGUCUUAGAUCUCAGGACGCUGUUUUCAAUAUAAGCACAUCAGCUGGCUAUAAAGAUGGCAAACUUUAUCAUUUCAGAAGCUCAAAGGAAGCCAGUGAACUUACAGGCUCUCCAUUGCCUGUCUUCAGUGACAGGAUCAGUCUGGAUCGUCUGUCUCACUACUUGAAAAUUACAGACUUCCAUCUGCCAGAUGAGGACUUUGGCAUUCUGAAGCUUGAAAAGCUAAAAUCAGUGAAUCACCUGGAGUCAUUCACACCACAUACACCCAGAGAGGGAAUAGGGUGCAACCAGCGUCCUAAGAUUGACAGCAAAACAUUGCCAUCUACAGGUAGCUCAGCAGUGCUGCAGGAAGAAAACCAAGCGGCUUGUUCUCAAGAAUUAGACGGAGCCCUAAAUCUAUCAGAAAGUAAUGAAGACUGUUUGAAUGUUGAUCUACCUCCUUGCAAAAAAGAAGUCGCUUUGGAAAAUAAUAAAAAGCCAUCAGCAGAUGCAGCAGAACCAUCACACUCUCUUAUAAGUGAGCCAGCAAAUGCUCUACAACCUGUUGUGCCGGCGUUAGACUCCAAAGACAAAAUAUCUCAUUCUCCUAAAAAAUACUUUUUAUUGAGCCAAUUUCCUGAUGAUAACAAUCCUAGGCACACCAGCUGUAUUCCGGAAGGACCCCUUCCUGAUGGUGAAAUGCCCCAAAACAUUUUGCCAAUGCCCUCUGGCUCCUCCAGUGAUGGUGACAUACGAACGCUAAUUGCAGUUACUGAAGUUUCAGGAGGUGCUGAGAGUUUAUGGGCGAAUCUUGACUGCCAAAGAAGUAAAGAAUCUGAUGAUGUUCCCAAAGAUUCUCCUACACAGUCAACGAUAUAUGAAAAACUGGCUUCUCCAAAAGAACUGAACAGUAGUGUCCUCUUCUCAACAUCGUUAUGCUCUGUCCCUCAGGAGACUAUGAAUGAUUUUGUGGCUUCAUCCUGCACACCAGGGCUUCCUUUUUUAGGUUCAACUCCGGCCAUCCCUUCUUCUCUGCAAGGCAGCAAUACAUCUGUUGCUUGCAGUGCGGCAGAUGAGGGGCAAGAGAAAGUCCUUCUCCCAGAGGUCUGUGGUGGAGAAGGCCCUGAGGUUAUGUCCUUGAGUUGUAUAAGUGGUACAGGAGCUACAGACGACACUAAGCAAUGUCAUGUAUUGGGACAAGAUAACACCACGGUAGUUGAAGGUCAUUGUGAAUUUCCAGAGCAUCAAGAGAACAGCCUACUAUCAAAGACUGACAAAGAUAGAUCUGUUCAUGUUAUAUCAGAAAACGCUAACAAUGAAGAUAUAGGUGUAGAGACUGGAUCAGAGGUUCAUCUACGUCUGCUUUCAGAAGUUAAGGACAGCUGUGGUGGUGGUUGUGCAGUAGAUCUGUGCUCCGUUUGGUGGGAAUUCUCUGGAAGUCCAGAGCUCUGCAUUGUAGCAGCGAGUGAAUCCUCUGUUUGCCUUUGGAGACCUCAGACCGAAGGGAAUUGGGACUGUGCUCACAGUUGGACCUUUAAAGAAAUGCCUGUCAUCCAGAUACUUCCGUUAUCUCAAGAGAAGAAUAUUGUUUGUGUUGCUUUAGGAAAUCUAGAAAUCAUGGAGAUCUGGGCUCUAUUCUCACUCCCUGAAAGGCUUGGUUGGAAAAAGCAGCUGGUCAAAAGCGGGCACAUGAAGACAGCCAUGGGUCUGUCGAGGCACCGUCUGGUCAGCAGUGGCAGUGGAGAACACGACCAAGUGGUGGAAGUGCAGCAGCUGUCAGAGACAGGAAGGACAGAGCAAUUUAUUUCAUUGGUGUCCCCCAAAGACACUGUUCUGGCCUUCUGUGAAGUGGAAGGAGAGAGGGAUGCUUUGGUUGGAUCCACCAUGGAUACUUAUGUGGUUGUCUGGAAUGCCGUCACUGGACACCUCUUGAGUACGAUCCGCGUGGGUGACCACUGCUCUGACCUCACCUGUCUCAGCGCAACCUCCGACUCUGGUUUGUUGUUUUUGGUUGUUGCCAGUCUGUUUAGCAAACCAUGUGAGGAUGCAGGAAGUUGCAUAUUGAAGCUGAUUGCCGCCAAUCCACGAGAAGGGGCCAGCACUCCCAUUAUAUCUUAUGUAAUUCCGGACAAAGCUAGUAGAAGAUAUCUGGAAGGGGAUGUUAAAAGACAAAGGGCAGCUGCAGUAUUGACCUGUGGAAGCAUAGCACUCUGGGAUUUACCCAGAAGCCAUUGCAGCGUUACUCUUCCCCCCAGCUUAGAUGCACCCUGGUGUCUUGUACGAUGGAGCCACAUUCCUUGCUGCUUGCUGACUGGAAGAAAAGAUGGAACCAUAUGUAUUUAUGAGUAUACAGAACACUGCUCUGAUAAGGAAAGGUGACUGCAGAGAAGUCACACCGGAGAAGUUUGUGCCAUAACAUGCUUUGAACAGUGGAAUGAACCUAUAUAUUUAGGAAUGUAUAAAAUCAAAAUAGUCUGCGGAUACUGACCUUGUCUGUGUUAACAUAGCAGAAAACCAGAUGAUAUUAUUUACUAACCUGCACUGGAAGAAUACUUAAGCCUGGUACACACUAAUAGUGAGCUGCUGUACAAAUGGUCCGAGGUUAGUACAGCGAUCUCCCCCCACUGAGCUGCACACUCAGCCCUCUUAGUCGUCGGGAGUCGGUUGGCUGCUGGUUUUCCAGCAUGCUCUUCCGACAGAAGCCGGCCAAAGGGCUUCUGAUGGACCGGCUGACAUACACACGGGCCAAUUGUCGGCCAGUUUUUAUUGAAGCGGCCGAUGUCUCCCGACAUUCAGCCCGUAUGUACUAGUCAUAAGGUGGAUGAUGACAUUUGAUUUGAAUGCUGACAAUCGGUUCAUUGAGAACUGGUGAUUGUACAGAGUUCCCCAUUUCCUGAUGAUACCAUUCGGUUUUUGUGAACAGAAAAAUGUGCUAGGCUUACAGAAUGGCUGACUUGACCUCACAUAUUAAUCCUGCAUUUGUAAAACUAGCUGGCUCAGUUGAACUAUUUACUGAACUUAGAGUUAUGUUUUCUGGAUGCACUGUAUAACCUGUAUGUAGCCUUAACUAUAUAGAGUAUACUGUGCUGUGUCCUGGCAGCAGGAUGAGAACUUCCCAUCCCACUCCCGAAACAAGGCAGAGUCCUGCUCAGCCAUUUACAGGAAGCUUUGUAUUCUGUGAAUGAUUACAAAGCUUCCUCUGAUUAGCGGAGGCAGAGAAUGUGAUGUCUUCAGCCCACCUCUCUGCCUCAGCCAAUUAGAGGAAGCCUUGUAUUCAUUCAUAGAUUGCAAAGCUUCAGUGAAUGGAUGAGCAGCGACCAGUCCCACUCUUUUGUGUUCUGAGAGUGGAACGUGAAGUCGCUGUCCCACUGCCGGGACACAGCAUUGUAUACUGUAAGUGGCUGAGGCUACUUUCCAUUUAAUACAGUGCAUCCAGUUCAUGCAGUAAAUAGUUUUUUUGGGCCAGCUUGACCCAAACGAUUUAAAGGGACAUUAAAUGUGGAGUUAGACUCUGCGUUUCUUGAUCAAAAUGGAAAGCUCCUAUUAAGUUACUGUCAAAUAAAAAAAA